GUUUUCCUAAUAUACGCAGUAUACUUUUAUACCUUAAUCAAUGAUUGGGUGGGAAAAUGUAUACAAUGUGGUCGUGGCGGUGAUGCCACUCUACGUGGCCUUGUUUCUUGGCUACGCCUCCGUGAAAUGGUGGCGCAUUUUCACGGCGGAGCAGUACGACGCCGUCAACCGCUUCGUCACCUACUUCACCCUCCCGCUCUUCACCUUCGAGUUCACCGUCCACGUCGAUCCAUUCGCGAUGAACGGCAAGUUCGCCGCCGCUGACGCCGUCUCCAAGGCUAUCAUCGUCGCCGUUCUGGCGGCGUGGGCCCGGUGCAGCAGCAGUGGGAACCUCGGCCGCUUCAUCACCGCCUUCUCUCUCUCCACCCUGAACAACGGUCUCGUCAUAGGCGUGCCGCUGGUCAAAGCCAUGUACGGCCUGGCGGCGGUUGACCUGAUCGUCCAGUCGUCGGUCAUUCAGAGCGUCGUUUGGGUCACUCUGCUUCUGUUCGUCUUGGAGUUGUGGCAAACGAAGAACGACCUUAACUCAGUUGCGGCGGUCGUGGACGGUGCCGGCGGCGAAGAUUUGGAGGGAAAUGGGAAGAAGGCGGCGGAGCCGGCUUCGUUAUGGCGGGUGAUGAGUGUUGUUUGCUUCAAAGUGGCUACUAAUCCUAACACGUAUGGAUGUGUUGGUGGGAUACUUUGGGCAUUUGUCUCUAAUAGGUGGCACAUCGGAAUGCCAAGCCUAAUAGAAGGUUCGGUACUUGUUAUGUCGAGGGCACACACUGGCGCGACCAUGUUUAGCAUGGGCUUAUUCAUGGCAUUGCAACAUAAAGUGAUAGCGUGCGGUGGGCGUUUGACGUUACUUGGGAUGGCGUUGAAGUUCAUAGUAGGGCCCGCCGCCAUGGCCCUAGCUUCUAUUGCGGUUGGCCUCCGCGGGAAUGUCUUGCGAAUUGCCAUAAUCCAGGCGGCGUUACCACAAUCCAUCACCUCCUUCAUAUUUGCAGUUCAAUAUGGGCUUCAUGCAAAUGUCCUUAGCACAGCAGUUAUUUUGGGGAUGAUCGUGUCGCUGCCUGUAUUAGUGAGCUAUUAUGCAGUAUUGGAGCUUUUACCUAAUUAAUGUUAUCAUAUGAAAACAAAGUUCUUGAAAAUGCAUUUAAUCUCUAUAUUUUUGUCAUUGAUUUUAUUUUAGAUCCUCGUUUCAAAUUUGUUAGUUGUGGGUUUUUAGAGUAUUACGUAGUCUUAUAAUUAUUUCAAUGGUGUAUGAUCGAACGCAAUUUUCUGAUAUUAGUAAUUUAUUUCAUAAUUUAUUUUUAUUUCACCUAUAAUAUUGUAAUACCCCCACCCCACCCCCUGAAAGAUCUUUAUUCAUCUCGUUAAGGAGAAUGACAUAUUUAGAAGCAUAGGAAUUUGUUGGGGGGGAGAUUACUUUUUUUUGUUGCACAAAGUUCAAUUAAUGAACUUUCUUUCUAUGUAAUACGAAGUAUGUCACUGUGAAUAUGAUAUAAAGAAUGUGAGUAUGGAUGAGGUGACUGACUUUGAUAUGUAACAAUGUUGGAAAGAUAAAGAACCAAUGUUUGACAUAUUAUUAAAUAUGGUGGUUUAUGUAUGCCAAUAAA